AUGGACAAGCUUCACCGAGGCUGCGAGCGCAACCUCAAUGAGGGCUGGAGACCGAACAGCUGCAACGGAACCCGCACGGAUAGGGAGAGACAUGCAAAAAUUCGUUCCACGACUUUUAUCGUCGAAUCCCUGGCCGCUAAGACCCCUGUCGGCACCGAACUGUCACUAUGCCCACGGCCUUCUAGAGAUUUUGCCGGUUCAGUGGCGUUGGUUGGAUUAGGAAUUUACGUCGCAACGCGAGUAAUCCCGCGGUAUACUCCAAGCAACGAGCUGCAGGACGUAUCAAUCUGA